AUGACAGGCUCCUCUUCUUUUCCCCAUGAUGAGUGGGGCACCUGGCUCCGUCGAUAUCAGCUCGGCGAUUGGGAUCCACGUGCCGUCGUCAAUGCGCCAGAUCAACCCACAGAUCCAAUCACCGUCGUUCGCACUAACUCUGGCUCCCCUACCGCUCCCAUCCGCCAUGCUCCUCCAGCUCCUCUGGCUGGUACCGAGGAUCCACUCAGACUGGAUCCCAAUCUCGACUCGCAAUCAAGAUCCUUCUUCCAGCAAAACGGCUGGCUCGCUGCUCCGCCUCUUCGCCAGCAGCACCGUCGUCGCGUUCUCGAAGCUAUCCAUCGUCAUGGUGUCAAAGCGUCCAAAGAUCUCCUUCUCCACGUCAAACACGCCAAGUCCGUCUUCAAGUGCGCCUACGCCUCGGUCAUUGUUCAGACUUUCGACGAAGCUUCCUUGCUCAUCCUCGCUCAGGACGGCGGUGAUUCGCUCGUACAGCACGUUCCUCAGACCGUCAGCCUAUGCUCGCACGCCAUGCUCUUGCCCGACGACGAAGUGUUCGUCAUCAACAAUACAACAGACGACUGGCGCUUUCGCUCCUGUCCUUCUACCUUGGCUGGCUCAGCCGCAAGCGCACUCGGCAGGCCCAUGAAUUUCUAUGCCUCGGCGCCUCUCAUCCUUUCCUACACCCUCGAUGGCGUCGAAGGCCUGGUUCAAGUAGGACGUCUCUGCAUCAUGGACGAAGAGCCCAGGUCUCGCUUUGAGGACCAGGAUGCCGAGCUGCUUUCAUCCAUUGCAAAAAUGGCCGCCGACUCCCUCGAAAAGGAUUUUCAAAGCUCCAGAAACGCAAAGGCGACCGAUAUGCAACGAAGAAUUGGCUCGCUCGUUCGCUUGGUCGACAACACUUCCAUCUCACAAGCCAAAGUCCACCUUCCGCCUUCCAUCCUCGCUGGAUCCGGCGAUGACUACCACCGUUUCUCGAGCGCUGUCCUCGAGCGCGGUUGCAACGAUCUCAAGGAUUGCCUGGGUGCAGCUGCCGUUGCCGCGUUCGACGUCAGCCAGUUUCGCCUCGGGCGGCGCCCCGCUAACGACGCACUCGAAGCUAGCUCGACAACUACUUCCCCCAUUUUGCACCAAGUCGACAGCACUGGCUGUUUCGACCACGCCACGCAGCCCGCAGUCAACCUGCCGCACACUGGUCCUUCUGACGCAGACCGCGCCAGCAGACCAGCGAAAGCCGACACCGCGCUGCAUGCCAUCGAUGUGCGUCCAGGCUCGUCGCCUCCCAGUCUGUUGGGCUUCUCUGGCCCCCAGGAAUAUCGGCCAAAACUGCCCACCAACGUCGAGGACCUCAAAGCCAUCUUUGCGACUCCUUUAGCACGCAGUGCCACCGAGACCAACAUGAACACGCGCUGCAAGUUCUACCGUAGACAGUCUGGACCCUCUGCGCACUACCAAGAGGUCGACGACCAGUCUUUCUAUCCCGUCUUGGAGACGGGCGAAAAUCCAUACAUUGCCUUGCUGCCUUUGGACGACCGAGUGACGUCGUAUGCUGUCUGUACCUCGUACGAUCAAAACAAGAGUCGUCCCGGCAUCAUGCUUCUCAUCAUGUUCACCGCUCCGGUAAGCUUUGAGGAGCCGGAGCGCUCGUAUGUCGAGACCACUACUCAAAUCUCGUUCGGCAGCUUGCUCCGUCAAGAACGCUCUUCGGUCGAGUCUUUUCAGUCCGAAUUCCUUCGCCACGUUCAGCACAACCUCCGCACGCCGUUGCACCGCGCACUCGGUGCCGUCGACUACCUGCGUGCAGCCAUCGACGUGGACGACUCGACUGACAGCAUCAAGCUGGAUCUGUCCGCCAACGGCGUGCUGUCUACCCUGCUCGAGUCCAUCUCGCUCUCAGGUCUCACGCUCAACUCUUACAUCGAUGAUCUGCUCAGUUUCCAGACUCUACUCGACCUCAACGAAGGAGUCGUGCCGCCGAUCAAACCUUCGCCUACCAACAUUGUCAAGCUGGUUGAAUCGAUCGCAGAUGAGGAAUGGGACUUUGCUCAGCGUCUCGAGCUUCAAUCGCGUUCGGUCGGUUCGUCCACAUCGCAGGGGGCCCUUCUAAAUGCGCUUGAGCUGAUCGUCCAGGCGUCGCCAGAAAUACGUGAGCGCGACUGGAUUGUCGAUGGCAAGUCACUCCAACAUAUCGUACGUAAGCUCGUCUCGAAUGCCCUUCGCUUCACCAAACAAGGCUAUGUCGAGAUCAGCAUCGCGAUUGCUGCGCCCAUCGCUGGGAUUGAAGGCAUCGUCCAUGCCUUUGACGCCUCAUCACAGCUCGAGAUUGUCGUGGCAGAUACCGGCGUCGGCAUGACGGAAGAAUUUUGCAAGAACCAGCUCACCACGCCAUUCAGUAAGGCUGACUCUUUCCGUGACGGCAUCGGUCUCGGCAUGGCCAUCGUGUCAUCAGAGCUGGAGAAGUGUGGCGGAACCUGGUCUGUCGUCUCCGAGGUCAACGUUGGUACGCGAAUGUCCGUUCAACUCCCCGUUCAACCGACCAGAACUCAAUACCCUCGUGCUCGAUCGAGUGAGGUGGAUCAGAGCUCGAAUGCUUCCAGGCUUGCCGUCGCCAAAGUAGCCUUCCUCGGCUUCGAGACGCGCGGUCUCGACAGGCUGGCUACCGCGAUCUUCGAUCACUUUGCACCCUUGGGAGGCCUCGAAACGACGCACGAUCAUGCUGAAGCUGAUUGCAUCAUUAUGCCUGAACGCGAGGCGACGAAGCUAGAUUCGGGUCCCGAGCCGUUCUUGGCGCACGUCAAGCCAGACGCAAGAUUCGUCGUGAUCAGCUCGUCCUACCUCACCAAGAAAAAGGGGCUCGAGAAGUUUGACGGAAGGGCGGUCCUGCUUCUAUCGACGCCACAUGGGCCCACCUCGAUGCGACUUAUGGAGACCUUCCUGUCAGAUCUGGAGCCGAUGCAGAUUCGCACUGCCGAUCCUGCACCCAACACUCUUCAGCACAGGCCCAGCGUCAUCGGGACAGAGCUUUUAAACCAUGACAAGCAUCAUCGCAACGGAACUGACUGCUCCAGCCAGUCCGAAAGCGGUCUUAGGCCUCACGAUGGUGCUGCCGUUGUUUUGCAAGACACAAUUGGAUCGUUCAGCGUCAAUCCAGCCUGGCAGGGCAUGGCGGUCGAAGCAAGCAACAACGAAUUUCGCGUGCUCGUGGUCGAAGACAAUCCGAUCAACAUGAAGCUGCUCACCACGCUCUGCAAGCGCCUCAACAUCCGCUACGAAGAGGCGUGCGACGGUGCCGAAGCCGUCACCAAGUUCGAGUCAUUCCGACCGUCAGUUGUGUUGCUUGACAUCUCGCUGCCGGUCCAGGACGGCUUUCAAGCAUGCACCCAGAUGCGCGCGACGAACCAUCCAUCCUUCAUCGUAGCCGUCACAGCGCUGGGCUCGGAGGAGGACAAGGCGAGAGGCAUCGAGGUCUGCGGGAUGGACGCGUGGAUGACCAAGCCCGUCUCGAUGCGACAGCUCAAAGCCGAUUUGGAGUUCUGGAAGCGCAACUUUGAGCAGCAGCAGGUGCUCGGUCUGAGGAGGACCAGCUUCUGA